AUGUCCGCUCGUCUUCCUCUUGCGCGCCUUUCUGGUCAGCGCCUAACGACCUUGUCCCGGGCCACUCGGACGACCAGCCGGUUGAGCGGAGCCCAGGGUCUGUCAACUCUGACGCGCACCAAUGCCUUCCCAAGAGCCUCUGGCUUGUUGCAGGUGUCCUCGGGCAACAAUGUUUCGCGCAACCUUGCUCCCUUCGUGGGCUCCCAAAUCCGCACAUAUGCCGACUCUAUCGUCAAGGUCCCCCAGAUGGCCGAAUCGAUCACAGAGGGUACUUUGAAGCAGUUCUCCAAACAGGUUGGCGACUACGUUGAGCGCGACGAGGAAAUUGCUACCAUCGAGACCGACAAGAUUGACGUCUCCGUGAACGCCCCCGAGGCUGGUACCAUCAAGGAGCUCCUUGUGAAUGAGGAGGACACCGUGACCGUCGGUCAGGACCUGGUCAAGCUGGAGGUCGGCGGUGCCGCUCCCGAGGCCAAGAAGGAGGAGUCUGCUUCCCAGGAGCCCAAGGCGCCUGCCUCCACCGAGAACGAGAAGCCCAAGGAGGCUGAGAAGCCUAAGGAGACCCCCAAGGAAGCUCCCAAGGAGUCCUCUAAGCCCGCCCCUCCCAAGAAGGAGUCUUCUCCCAGCAAGCCCGAGUCUUCCAAGUCCUCCCAAUCCGAGUCCAAGCCCGCCAUUGGCGGUCGCGAGGAGCGUCGCGUCAAGAUGAACCGCAUGCGUCUGCGUAUCGCCGAGCGUCUGAAGCAGUCCCAGAACACUGCUGCCUCGCUGACCACCUUCAACGAGGUUGACAUGUCCUCCCUCAUGGAGUUCCGCAAGCUCUACAAGGACGAGAUCCUCAAGAAGACUGGUGUCAAGCUUGGAUUCAUGAGCGCCUUCUCCCGUGCUUGUGUUCUGGCCAUGAAGGAUGUUCCCGCCGUCAACGCCUCCAUCGAGGGCCCCAACGGCGGUGAUACCAUUGUCUACCGCGACUACGUUGACAUCAGUGUUGCCGUCGCGACCGAGAAGGGUCUGGUUACCCCCGUAGUUCGCAACACUGAGACCAUGGAUCUGGUUGGCAUUGAGCAGGCUAUCGCCGAUUUGGGCAAGAAGGCUCGCGACAACAAGCUGACCAUCGAGGAUAUGGCCGGUGGUACCUUCACUAUCAGCAACGGUGGUGUCUUUGGUUCCCUGAUGGGCACACCCAUCAUCAACUUGCCCCAGACCGCUGUCCUGGGUCUCCACGCUAUCAAGGAGAAGCCCGUUGCCAUCAACGGCAAGGUUGAGAUUCGCCCGAUGAUGUACCUUGCCCUCACCUAUGACCACCGUCUUCUUGAUGGUCGUGAGGCCGUUACUUUCCUUGUCAAGGUCAAGGAAUACAUUGAGGACCCCCGCCGCAUGCUUCUCGGCUAA